UCUCUCUCUCUCUCUCUCUCUCUCUCUCUCUCUCUCUCUCUCUCUCUCUCUCUCAGUAACCAAGAACAUUUAAAGCUUCAGUGAUGUCUGUGAUGCUCUGAGCCACGCCCCCGACCCCGCUACGACCGCUGACCCUUGGUGGCGUAAGGUCGCUGUGCCACUCAGGGCGGUACAACGGGACAGCCGCACUCCGUCAAACAAGUCUCACCUUUCCCACAAUAAUGAUGCAUCCAGGGAGCGUAAAGGCGUAUUAAGGAACUCUCACACCUCUGACCUCCAACAGAAGAUAUAUUUGUGACUGUUUUGUGUAUGCGUGGUGCUGUCAGUGUUACCAGCCCACAACAACCUCCCACUCCCAGUCUUAUCAGUGUUUCAUUUCCUCUCAUGCAGGAGGUUCACGCAGUCCUAUAUGUCACGCCUCGCAAAAUCUCUCCUCUCCCUGAGCGUGGCAUUUUUCACCUGCAUGCUGUGGAGCGGAGGCCCGGACAGGACGGCACCCAGGUGGGCCCUCGUCACCCCUGCCGAAACAAGCGAGAUGACGCAGCCAGGUCGUGAGGUCAACACAGGGAGGCCUAAAAAGACGGGGGCGGAGUCUGGCGGUGACGAGGAGCGCCAGCGAACUCUGCGGUGGGAGGCCGAGCAGAGGCGCCGGAAAACGACCCUCAGGCAGGCGUGUCGUGAGUGGUCACCCAAGGCGAGGGAGUACCUUCCGAGGAGCAUGACGGACAUGAGCUUCCUCCUGGUGGAUGAUCGUCACAAGGCUCUCUACUGCUUUGUGCCCAAGGUGAGCUGCACCGCCUGGAAGAGCAUCUGGAUGAUCCUAACGGGGAUGACCACCAUUAAGAACCCGCUGGACAUCAAGAAAUUUGUGCCACAUUUGCUGCACAAUAAAAUGAUGUUGGUGAAACAGCCGUAUAAUGUUUCAGUGCUGCAAAACAAGCUCAACACCUACACGAAGUUACUGAUAGUUCGGGACCCUUAUGAGCGCCUCCUCUCGGCCUACAGAAACAAGCUGGAGCACGGCAAGAACCAUACGUUCUGGGGACAAUAUGUCAACAACAUCAUAAAAUACAACAAGAAACAUGGAAUGGGUGCCAACACAGAAGUCACCUUCACAGCAUUUGUGAAUUAUGUGAAUGGCUUCUCCAAGCCUCACUUGAAUGAACACUGGAGGCCUUACCACCAACUCUGUUUCCCUUGUGCUAUAAAAUAUGAUGUUAUUGCCAAAUACGAAACAUUGGCAGACGACUCCGAACGUUUCUUGCGGUUAAUUGGGGCUCCUGAUUAUCUUCACUAUCCACCCUUUGUGCCAAGUAAAACCGCAUCCCUCCUGCCUCAAUACAUGGCUAAUCUGUCCCAAGCACAACGCCAUGACCUGUAUCAGGUGUAUCGGCGAGACUUUGAGGCAUUCGAAUAUCAGCCUUUUGGCGGUUUGGUUUAGGGGUGCACAUUGCAGUCCAUCCAAAAGAACACACAAAAAUGUAGUGCUUAGAAAUAAUAAUGCAGGUCUUUCUGGAAUGUUGAAAGAUAUUCAGGGGCAGGGAAAGAAACCCGGCACAUGAAGCGUUUCUGGCCUAUAACGUGAGUGUCGUAAAGCAGUCCAUGUACGUGAACAUUUCUAUAACUCCAUACUGGACUGAUCUGUGAAUGUGAGGCAGUUUAGUAACUCCUUGUGGAGGAAGCAGCUGGACUGGUAGUGCUUUUCCAAGUGAUCUUGUGCAAAUAAAGGUAGAAUGAUAAAAUUUUGCAUUGGUGAACAAACAAAAUGUUUUGGAAGAACACAUAAACCCUUUUGCAUUAGAAUCUUGUGGCAAAAUGCAGUUAAAGUUCGGCCAAUGUGUGACAACCAUAACUUUAUUCAAAAUAAUCAAGUUUCAUUUAGGUUUGAGAUAUAAAUACUAAGUUUGUUUUUAUCAUGACGUGUGCGCGUGCGUGCGUGCGCGCGUGUAUACUUGGCCACUUCACGUUUUCUUCAUUUGAUCUUCAAAAACUCCGUCCACUACAUUCAGAUCGUUAACUCUUUUCAUCCCAUCAUUUUCCACCGUCCUCUCAAUAUGUCCAAAUCCUCUCACUCUAAUUCUUAUCACUUAACUAAUGCACAUCAGGUCUGUUGUUCACUAAAGUACCACACAUCCAUCAUCUAUCUUAUAAUCCUCAUCUCCAUCUGAUUUUACCAGUAGACUUUGUCCUUCACUUUCCAGGUUUCACAGCAUUUCUUACACAGACCUUAGAUGUAAGAGAGAGGCAAAAGUUCCCAGAACUCGUCCCAUCCUUUUCUAACUUAAAUACAUUUGUACCAUUUGAACACAGGUAUUAUGAGGGAUCACAUGUUUCCUCCCAAUGACAAGCCAACCCGACGGCAUGAGAAAGGCACAUGACUGUCAUGAAUAGUCUCCGAUACGUGGUUGUGGGUGUGAAUUUUUGUGGUAACUUGAGGACAAGACCGUCAGAGUUCACUAGUAAGGGUGAGGAUGGCAUUUUGAAGCCGAUAAAAGGAUACAUUUAGCGCAUUACAAGAUCAUUUGCACAUUGGUUAGUAGCCAUGCACUGCCGCAGGCUGAUGGAUCCAUUUUUAGGUCGACCCAAGCCACUAAUGUUGCACUCUAUCACGAUAUGGCCUCAAUCAAACACAUUGGUCCGAUUCUUUCGGGGUUUGUUUUCUUUCACGCUAUAUCCCAAUCGCUGAAAAAACCUACAUACUUUAUCAUGCAACAUCCCCACAAAACAGAAACGUGUUACUUACAGUAGCACCGGCACAAUGGAUCCUGCGAGAGUUCACCCGCAUGAUGAGCCACAACGCAGCGGCCAUGCGGCAGUCAGCUGGAGCAAGGUGCGGCGCAGCGGUGUUGUUCUUUCUUCCCUUCCAAGGUUGACAGGUUUCGUUCUUACUUUUUUUCCCCCACUUUUUUCCCACGCGCAUCGUAUUUUUUUUUUACGUUUUAACAUUAUUGCAUUUCAUCCACGCAAUUCUGGCAAUAAAUGGUAAUAUUUUGUAUGUGUGAUAUGCAAAGUACAAACAUGAAUGGUAUGGCGAAGCAAUUGUCUGGAUGCAUUUAUUACAGUUACAUAUCGUUAAAAGUAAUGCUUACAUUGUUACAUAUCGUUAAAAGUAUGCCUUAAAAGAUUAUUAUGUUCAUUAGUUUGCAGUGACUACAGUAGAUGUGAUUGAGCAAGUUGAAACAUUUUGGCCAGUCAAUUCAUGGUCAAAAUUCACCUUUAUGAAGCAAGUGAAUGUUUUGAGUUGAGUGAGUGUGCUGCUGAUUUUGGUUAGAGGUGAACUUGGUUCCUAUGUAGUAACCUGACAAGAGUUACAUAGACAGGGUUUAUGACGGUUUUAUGUACAGUAGUAUGGCUCGCACCCUUAAAUGUACUGGAGUUUUAAGGAGACUAUUUUCAUAAGCCACAGAGAUUAGUAGUCCAAUUUUCAUGGGUAUUAUUCCUAUUCGUGAUGCAUUACCCAUGUUCAACUAUUACAGAAAUAUUUAAAGGUCGAAGUAAGACUCCAUAACAUUUGAGAAUAAUCCUUCAUGUCCAGCCACGAUCCCAAAAGUGGGUAAAUUGAAAAUGAGUAAUAAGGAUCUCUGUAAAAUCUUAAUGAGGUAGCAUUAUUGUAUUUUUGUACAUUUAUAAACUAACUUCAACUAUACAUAACAAAUCUUUGAAUUGUACUUUCUUUGUGAGAAAGAAAAUAUCUAAAUCAUAUUUCUGGAUUGUUGAGACAUUACAUACUCACUGUGAAUGUUUUUUAAAUGUUGUGACAAUAGUGUGAAAGUCUGCAGACCCUGCCACAAGACAUGGGCAAGUGAAGGUACAAGGACUUGAAAUAGUGUUUGUAGAAAGUUGUGAAAAACAUUCCACAAUAUGCACAAAUACAUAAUUUUGUGACAGUAUCUUAGUGACAGACAUGCAACAAUCCAGAGAUAAUACAUGAUAAAUACUUGUCUCAAUCUGAACACUGAACACAUUUCAGAACAGCAAACUACUGGCAGCAGGAAAACCACCUGGAGUGCAGCAAUUAAGCAUAGUGACUGCAGCAACUCCAUCUGAUAACUGUCAUGUACAACAAGGAGAGAUAUAACAGCAGAGUAAAAAUAAAA